AUGUCGGAUAUUCUUGAAGCCAUCAAAGAUGCCAUCAUCCCCAAACGGCGCGAACAAGCAACUGUCGAGACAUACGACCCCCAUACGAGGGGACCUUACCCCGACCGUGCCUCGGCCGAAAACAACCAGCCGCAAAUUUCACCCCCACGAGCCCCAGCAGAAGCUCAGGAUUCCAGCCGCGCAGAACGGAACGACCUCGGCAGCGCUUCCGAUACGCACAGGUCUCGCGCCGGCUCAGGAGACGAGCCGGUUGACUACGGGGAGGCCAUGGCCAAGCCGGUACAUAAGGAGGGCGGGAAGUACGGGCUUUCGUGA